ACGCAGUUCCGGUGAACUGUCAAAUUUGGACCUGUCAUUGACGGUGGUAUCUAGGACUUAAAAGUAACGUUGGAGGAGUGGAUUAACUGGCAAAUAAAGGUAAAGGAAACAGACAUGUCUUUUAUAUUUGAUUGGAUCUACAGGGGCUUCAGUGGUGUUCUACAAUUAUUAGGUUUAUAUAAGAAGACUGGAAAGUUAGUGUUCCUUGGAUUAGAUAAUGCUGGGAAAACAACACUAUUACAUAUGCUCAGAGAUGACAGACUGGGACAACAUGUGCCAACACUACAUCCGACAUCGGAGGAGUUGACUAUUGCAGGAAUGACCUUUACAACAUUUGAUCUUGGUGGGCACACUCAAGCGAGGAGAAUUUGGAAGAAUUAUCUCCCAGCCAUAAAUGGCAUUGUUUACAUGGUGGAUUGUGCUGAUCAUGAACGACUAGGAGAAGCCAAAGUUGAACUCGAUGCCCUGUUAACAGAUGAGACCAUCUCCAAUGUGCCGGUCCUCAUUCUGGGGAACAAGAUCGACCGUCCAGAAGCCAUCAGUGAGGAGGCACUCGUGGGAAUGUUUGGUCUUUAUGGUCACACAACCGGAAAGGGCAAAGUGUCUCUGAAGGAGUUGAAUUUGAGGCCAAUGGAGGUUUACAUGUGCAGUGUCCUGAAGAGACAGGGCUAUGGGGAUGGUUUCCGCUGGCUCUCGCAGUACAUUGACUGACUGACCUUUUUUUAAUUUAUCUUGUUUAUCAAGGAUUUUGUAUAUACACAAGAUUACAAGUUGCACAAAUCUACCUGCUGGAUGUCUGUUACCAGUGUGCUAUAUUUAUUUUGAGUUUGAGUGCCCCAAAAUAAUUUGUCUUGAGAUUCUUUAUACUCAUUUGCUUGAUAUCAUGGGUCACUUAAAGUGAUUUACAUUGAUAACUGAACAACUGUUACAAGCCAUAAUUGUGUGAAGUGAAAUGAAAUUCUAGAAGCGGUGUGUGACGGUAUGUUCCAUGCCAAAGCCAGGUAAAGUUCCCCAGUGAUUUCCUUGAUUUUAGACUCAGUGCACCUUGUACCAGGUUGUGUACAAGGUUGUGUACCUUUUUGCACUAACUACAAUCCCUUAGAUGUUGCCAAGUUGGGGAAUCCCCCCCCCCAUUUGAACUGAGCAGUAAGUAACCCCCUUCACGCUCACAGAUUAGAACAUGGCAUCCUUCUCAACCGGUUUCUAACCACGGUGUAUUUUUAGUCCAAGGUAUUGAAUUACAGAGAAGGGGAUUAGUUUAAGAGUUUCAGGUUUGUUUCUUUUUAGCAGCGCACAUCUUCAGCUCAUGAAAAGCUAAACAGACAUUUAGACAUUCUCCUAUCUCAAAAUGUGUCCUGGAUCAUAUUACAUGAUCAUACAGAAAACGGGUGGGGAACGGUCUGAUCACGGCUGUACUUUGGCAUAUUGACUAUGAAGUUCAAUAGCUGGAUUACAUUUUCAGAAUCCUGCUUUAUUUGAUACUUUGUAAGUGUGCCAUAUGAGGAUUAAAGACCACAGAAGUAUUAUUAAACAUUGAACAAUAAACAAGUUUUCUCCAUACCAGUAUUAAUAUUUUGACUGUUAACGUUUUUUGCUUAAUCCCUAUUUUAAUACCAACAGCCAAAUUAAUUAAUGUGACCACAAGUGCAUUAUUUCUCCUAUUUUGAAGUGAAUUCGUUUUAUUUAUGUUUACUAAAAUUACUUUUGUACAGUAUCAGGAUUUCAUAACAGUGGCAGAAGUCAUGACAAGCCAUGUAAGUGAUUCCAUAUUAUCUACAAUGCUCAACCUACCUAUGUAUUUUUGUAUGGUUAAUUUACUGUUAACAUUUGAACUUGGUGACUAUCUACUGUUCACACAAUGCAGAUAUGAUAUGAGAGUGCUUAUGUUUUACUGAGGAGUGAGGUACGUGACGCUACCUGUGGGUGCAAUAAUAAAUUCUGUAAAUAAUCACUGAGCAUGCAUUUCAGUUUUUCUGAAAUGAUGUCACUGCCAGCACACAAAGGGCAGCAGAAUGGGUUGUUGAUGUAUUAUAUGGUAUUUGGUUUUGAUCGAAAUCUGAAUAAAUAUGUUGGACAAUUA